AGAACCUUCACUACGUCCAUGAUUGGCUGAGAAAUGACAUUUUAAUGCAAACGUUACAAAUCAGCUUGACAUUUGUGUCGUGUUAAUAUUUGCUGCGAACCAACAUAAUAAAUGUAAGUUAUAUACACUUUUAAUAUCGUUGUUUGACAUUUGCAAUGUUUUAAUAGUUAAAAUGACCAUUCCAAGAUACCCUAGAAACCCACACGCCCCGAUUACAGUGUACAGUCCUGGAGUAGCAGCGUUCAAACGUCAACAAAUAAUCCAGUGGCUAAGCCUAACGCCAAAGUUGGAGCAAGGUUUGAAGAACAAGACGAUUAUGAAAAUUGCUGAGCUAAAUUUUGUCCCAAAGGAUUUUGCUGUGCUAUUAUGGUCGACCAAAGGUGUAAUGCCGUGCGUGACCAAGAUUUUCUCUGAGGCAUACCAAUACAUCAAUGAACCGACGAUGGAUGUAAACACCUUUCAACUUUUAAUGGAAACGCUGACGAUUCUCGAAUGGAUUGCGCUGGAUAAUCGUACAAAAAAAUCUCUUAUGGCUACGACGGUUUUGACUUCUGUCUACCCGUUUUUGUUAACAAACUUCGAUCUUCCGUUCUACUGUUACAUCAAGAAUCGCAUAUUAACAAUGUUCAACCUGUUGUUGAUGAUGCCUUUUAAUGUAGUCAUUAAUUUUUUAUUAGAAACUGAGUUUAUUUAUAUCAUUAUAUUCAACAUGGUUUUGUUUAAACGCGAAACAAGUGCAAUCACUGUUAGCAUCAUGGAAAAAAUUUUGAGACACCCUAAAUCCCUGAUUUUCGUGUGUGCCUCAGAAGAACCAUUGGCGAUAGUUGUGGACGCUUUAAAUAUUACCUUAGAGGGUAUGGCCUUAAAUUUUCCGGACUUUUAUGAGGAAAUUGGGCGGAUGCCGUUGCACAACAUUAUAAUGUGCUUCACUUUAAUCAGCACUAAUUCUCGUGGAAAGUCAUUUUUGAAAGAUCACUUUCCAGAAACCUUUAGUGCCUUUACAUUUCAACUUUAUCUAAUGGAAAGUCCUGUCACUAGGAAUUUAUUAGUGAUACUUCUGGAUAAUUUGAUACCUCCUACCAUUUAA